AUGACAAAAAAUACCGAGUCACUAAAUGACAAGCUGCAGUUGGUGCGCUUCUGCAUAACAGGUUUGGAAAAGUUCAAACGUCUAUCAGACGAAGAAGUUGUCAUGGAAUUCCGUAAUUGUCAUCAGAAGCUUCAGCAUGUUAAAAAUUCUGUUAUAGAAUCUGUUUGUAUGAACAUGGAAGCGCUUGUUUGUGAUGAACUAAGAACACUAAAGACGGUUUCGAAGUUUGCGUUUUUAAAUUUGAUUGAGAAGGUUGAAAGUAGUUAUAAAAAGGUGAAAUUUGAUCUAAAAAAAUUGGAAUUAUCUCAUGAGGUAACUGUACAAGAUGCAGGAAUUCGAGGUAUGAUUUUUCUCUCCAGUGAAAGUGUCUUAUUGGCGAGUCGAACCGGUCCAAAGAGAAUUUUGGUGUAUUCUGUCAAAGAAUUGAAAUUUGAACAUGAAGUGCAAACUGGAGAUUUCAUUCCUUUUGACGUAAGAUUGAUUGGUAAACUUCUGUAUGUAUCCAGUGAAUUUAGUGACGUCAUCCAAGUCCUUCGAAUAGAUGAUAAUUAUAGUGAAGUAUUUUCUUUCUCUGUUGGAAAACAAUGUUUUGGAAUGGACGUAUAUGACGACCACAUUUACAUAGCAUGUCUCUCCGCAAUCAUUAAAGUAGACAUGAAAGGAAACAGGAUUGGUGAAUACCCUACAUCAGGAGAUGCUAAAUACGUUGUUGUCAAGAAAAAUGGGCAUAUUGUAUAUAGCAGUCAAAGUAAUAACACGGUCACCGCUAUUUCUGUGCAAGGUGAUGAAGUCUGGUCAUACAGCAGUCCAAAUCUGAAGUAUCCUUACGGACUGGAGAAAGAUUCAUCUGAUAAUAUAUACGUGACAGGUGCUCAUAGUAACGAUGUACACAUACUGUCCAUAGACGGCAAUCUACUCAGGAGAUUUAUCAAUUUGACGAACCCAGUAUUAUUUAGACUAAACGAAGAGCAAAAUAUUGUUUUUGUAUGCUGCGAAGGGAAUAAUAUCAAAAUUUUUGAUGUAAACUCAUGA